AAAACGCCAAAAAGCGAUCGCUCGUGCGCUCUCUAACCGACAAAACAGCGUUGCCAUUUUGAGGAAAUCGCAAAAAAUAAAAUAAAAAUUAAAAGCAAUUAGCGUAAAAUAUAGCAAGCCAAAAAAAGUAAAGUAAACAAAUAAUAUAUCUUGCUGUUUUGAAAAUUGUGAAUACACAACAAAGUAAACAAAAAAUUUAAAUUUGGGGUUAAAUAAUGCAGCAGUUCAGCAGUUUUCCACUCGAAAAUAUGUAGAAUUGUUUACAAAAGUUAAGUUGCAGCCCAUAGAUAACUUCAAAGUUUUUUGGGGUUCAUUCACUCUUCGACCUCAGCCAUUCAACGCUGCUCGUGCGAUUGUAAUUACCAUAAAUCUAUACAACUAUAACAACGACAAAAAAAUACAUAAAAUAAAUACCUAGCCAUGGAGGAAUGUGAGCGACGUUUACAAAAAUCUAAAUUUGUGCUUUUUCACAACAACAACAACAACAGUGGCAGCAGCUACUACAACUGCCACUAUGAAGUGCCAUCAAAAUUUAAUUUAUGGAUUACAUUUGGUGUCUGGCUUUUGCUCAGCCUCAUCGGCAGCUGCUAUUGUUCAGAUGGCCCACAAUUGCAAGCGCCGCGCUUUACCACACAACCCUCCUCGUCCGGUUCGAUAGUGAGUGAAGGACGCACGAAAAUUCUCCAGUGUCAUGCCUUGGGAUAUCCACAGCCCACAUAUCGGUGGCUAAAGGAUGGCAUACCAAUUGGCGAUUUUUCUUCCAGCCAAUAUUAUCGGUUGCAAAAAACGCGGCGCGAGGAUGCUGGCAGCUAUCAGUGCAUAGCAAAAAACGAUGCCGGUUCGAUUUUCAGUGAGAAAAUUGACAUCGAAGUUGCAUAUAUGGGCAUCUUCGAGAACACCACACUCGGCCAUCUCACAGUGACGUCAGGUCAUCCGGCCAUUUUCGAUUUGCCAACCAUCGAGUCACAACCGUCACCUUCGGUGAUGUGGCAAACGGUUGAAGGUCCGCUGAACUAUGACAUCAAAUAUGCCGUCACAAAAUCGAAUCAAUUGAUUAUACUCAGCGCCGACGAGGACGAUCGUAAAGCAUAUCGUGCGCGUGCUAUAAACACACAGCUGGGGAAGGAGGAGAAUAGCGCCUUCAUACAGUUGAACGUGAGUGGGGAUCCGUAUGUUGAGGUGGCACCCGAAAUCGUUGUACAUCCGCAAGACAUGAAAGUGAAGCGUGGCGAGCAGGUGGCCGUGUUGGAGUGCAUCGCCAAUGCGCGGCCGUUGCAUGAAUUGGAAACGUUGUGGCUAAAGGAUGGUAUACCCAUUGAAAGUGCUGGUGUGGCGCAUACACUUAACGAUCCUUGGAAUCGUUCGUUGUCACUGCUCUCCGUUAAUUUAACACAUUCCGGCGAGUAUACGUGUCAGGUGCGACUACGUAGCGGUGGCUAUGAUACGGUAACCGUUAGCGCCAAGGUGGAGGUAUUGGAACCACCUACAUUUUUCACACAAAUGCGCACGGAAACCUUUGGUGAAUUUGGUGCGCUGGUAACGCUGACGUGUGAUGUUGUGGGCGAUCCAAUGCCAGUGGUGAAGUGGUACAAAAAUGCCGAACCCAUCGAAGCGAAUGACGGAAAAUACACAUUUCAGGAGGACAAUUCACUGAUCAUCAAAAAGCUUACACUGGAGGAUGGAGCCAUGUUUCAGUGUCUCGCCAGCAAUGAGGCUGGUGAAAGGAGCGCCUACACUUGGCUGCGCGUUAAAUGUUUGCCACCCAAAACACCUACUCCAACUACAACCAUUACUCAUACGAAGCAUAUUGAAUUGCGCAUGACUACAGCUAAUAACAAUCGACCGAAUGCAAUUCCGUUGCAUUUUGUUGAAAAGCGUAAAUCAUCGUCGUCAUCGUCGUCGUCGUCGCAAGGAUACGUGCGCAGUUUGUUGCAUCGCUUCAAGCGUUUGGCACAGCCGCGUAUCCUGCGUGUAAGAGCAUCAUCAACGCAUUCUGGCAUGGGUACUGGCUAUCGCCGCAAGGAUUUUCGCUUUGGUAUGGGCUAUUUAUCAUAAAUACUGUUGCACAUACAUACACACAUUGAA